AUGGUGAAUACGGACUCUAAGAAAGCUCGAAAAUUUGAAGAAGGGUUGGAUUUAGAUGUGUUUGAUUGGGUUGGUGUACUGAAACUGCCCAAGGGGGGGGGGAAUGGGGUGGUUCCUCCCACAUACUUGAUUUCUGUCAUGAAAGUUGUUAAACUGCUUAGGAAGGGAUGUAGGGGCUAUCUAUGUUGUAUUUUGACUGAGAGUUCUGAUAGUCCUAGUGUGGAAACUAUUGCUACUGUUUGUGAAUUUCCCAAUGUGUUUCCGAAUAACUUGCCUGGGGACUUAAUUGAUGGGAAGAUUGAAUUCAUUAUUGAUAUAAUACCUGGAACACAACCAAUUUCCAAAACCCCAUAUAGAAUGUCAACCUCUGAAUUGAAAGAAUUGAAAUCUCAACUUCAAGAAUUACCAGAUAAGAAGUUUAUUCACCCGAGCACUUCACCUUGGGGUGUUCCAGUUUUGUUCGCUUUGGGAACUGAACUCAGACUGAGUAGUGCUUAUCACCCACAGACUGAUGGCCAAUUUAAACGAACCAUUAAAACCUUGGAAGAUAUACUUAGAAUGUAUGUGUUAGACUUCCAAGGAAAUUGGGACACUUAUCUACCUCUGGCUGAAUUUGUAUACAACAAUAGCCAUCAUUUAAGCAUUGGAAUGGCUCCUUAUGAAGCAUUGUAUGGUAGGAAAUUCCGAUCUCUGAUUUAUUGGGCCAAAGUAGGCGAUAGAUCGUUAUUGGGACUGGAACUUGUUCAAGAAGCAAUUGAGAAGGUGAAACUGAUUCAACAAUGA